UUGUAUGGAUCUAGAUGGCUAGCUUCUAUGUACUGUAAUAAGCUACUGGUAGCUGAGAUGUGCUUGAAUAAGCGCUUACUAUUUUUGCCUGUACUGCUAUCUAAUCCUAGUCCUUAUAUGGAACUGUAGGGGCAUCAAAAAGAAACAAUGCAACAGGUUCUUGAGGAUAGCCUCAUAAGACAGUUUGAUCCUAUGCAGGCAUACCUCUGGAAAUGGAUCCCUUCCCAUGGCAAGUCUGGGGGGAUUCUAAGUGGUAUUAAUCUAGAAUUUUUUGAUGUUGGAUCAUUCCAUGAAGGACAAUUUAUCCUACAGCUUAAUCUUUGGGAUAAGGAACGGAAAAGGAAAUGGAAUCUUCUUAAUGUUUAUGGUGCUGCUCAUGAUGAAAAUAGAAGGGAAUUUCUGGCUGAACUAGCUAGAUUUUGUAAUCAGAGUGAUGACCGUUUUAUAGCUGGGGGAGAUUUCAAUCUAGUCAGGUUCAAUUCUGAGAAAAACAAAGGCACCAUUAACAGGCAUUCCUCUCUUUUUAAUGCGGUCAUUGACAGUCAAGAACUUCUUGACCUCCACAUGGUGGGAGGCAAAUACACCUGGACAAACAAUCAGGACCCUCCCACCUUGGAAAGAUUAGACAGAUGCUUAGUAAGCAAGGGAUGGGAAAAUCUCUUCCCCACUGCUUUCCUCCAAAAACUCCCAAGGGAGAUGUCUGACCACAAUCCACUUAUAUUGUCGUCAGGCACAGCCCCCCCUUUGACAAAGUUAUCAUUCAGAUUUGAAACAUCCUGGUUGAAACAACCUGACUUCAUGGACAAGGUCAAAACAAUCUGGAUGAAACCUUGUCAUGCAGAAUCUGUUGUUGACAAAAUACAAAGCAAACUGAAAAGAUUUAAGCAGUACUUUAAAGGAUGGGGCUUCAAUGUUCAAGGGGAGAGGAAGAAACUCAGAGCUAAAUUGCAGGAUGAACUGCUGGAUAUUGAGCAAAUGGAAGAAGAUGCUCUACUCUCCCUUAAUAUGUACAAUAGGAAAGUGGAAAUACAAAGCAAUAUCUUGAAGAUGCUUGAGGAAGAUGAGCUGUACUGGUUCAAGAGAUCCCAUGAGAAAUGGCUACAUGAAGGUGACAAUAAUACUGAAUAUUUUCAUAGAAUUGCAAAUGGGAGGAAAAGAAAAAAUAACAUUAUCUCCUUUAAAAACGAGGAUGAGACUAUUGAAGGGACUCCCAACCUUAUACUACAUGCUACUGAAUUCUACAAGAAUCUCUUUGGACCUGACAUUGGUAACCUGUUUCACUUAGACUCAGACUUAUGGGAGGAGGGGGAGCUGGUAUCUGAGGAGGAUAAUUCCUACCUUACCAGACCUUUUACUGAGGAAGAAAUAAAAUCUGCUUUAUUCCAGAUGAAAAAAAACAAAGCUGCAGGCCCAUACAGCAUUCCUGUGGAGUUCUUCCAAGGAUGUUGGGAUAUUAUCAAAUAAGACAUACUGGAUUUAUUCCAAGAAUUCUGGGGUGGAGGGCUGAAUAUGAGUAGGUUGAAUUAUGGGAUAAUCACUCUUCUUCCAAAAGUGAUAGAUGCUGAAAGAAUUCACCAAUAUAGGCCAAUUUGCCUUCUCAACUGUAUUUACAAGUGGAUUACAAAAGUUCUGACCAUCAGACUCGAGUUGGUGGUUGAAAAACUUAUUCUGCCCUCUCAAUCAGCCUUCAUGAAGAAGAGAAAUAUCAUGUCAGGUGUGAUGGCACUGCAUGAAGUCUUACAUGAAACUAAGAGAAGAAAAGAAACUGGGGUAGUUCUCAAGUUGGAUUUUGAAAAAGCAUAUGAUAAGGUGUGCUGGGAUUUCCUCUUUUCCAAUCUGGAAAUGAGGGGGUUCAAUAACAAAUGGUGUGGGUGGAUAAAACAAGUUGUUACAGGAGGGACUGUUUGUGUUAAGAUUAAUAACACUCUUGGGCCCUACUUUGUCAGUCACAAAGGAGUGAGACAAGGGGAUCCCCCCCCCAAUUCUUUUUACCUUUGUGGCUGACUGUCUCUCCAGAAUGAUAAGAAAAGCACAGAGAAACAAUCUGAUUUGUGGGCUGGCUGAUAAUAUAAUUGAUAAAGGGGUGGUCAUACUACAAUAUGCAGAUGACACCAUCAUCUGUCUCAAAGAUAACAUUGAGACAGCUAGGAACAUGAAACUGCUCCUCUACCUCUAUGAAAUGAUGUCAGACCUGAAGAUAAACUUCACAAAAAGUGAAGUCGCCCUAAUUAAUGGGGAUGAGAGCAAAUGCUCAUUAUAUGCAGAAAUCUUCAACUGUCAGAUAGGCAGUUUUCCCACAAAAUAUUUGGGUGUACCUGUGAGUCCUGGAAGACUCCAUAUCAAGGAUUGGUUACCUCUGGUGGAGAAAAAUGAAAAAAAAGCUCAAAAUAUGGAGAGGUAGCUCUUUAUCCAUAGCAGGAAGAACAACUUUGAUCAAUGCCAGCCUCUCCAAUGCAUUUAUUUACCAUAUGUCCCUGUACCUUCUCCCUAAAACUAUUACUGCCACUCUGGAUAAGCAAAGAAGAAAGUUCUUCUGGCAAGGAGGGGGGCCCAAAAAGAAAUACCACCUAGUGGCAUGGAAAACACUGUGUGCAAGUAAAGCAAAAGGAGGGCUGGGCAUCAAAGACAUUGCUAAAAUGAAUAUCAGUCUCCUCUGCAAGUAGUGGUGGAAAUUGGAGACAAAAUGGAUUGUGGCAGGAUCAUGUGGAAAAAAAGUAUUUGAGAGGCAGUCCAAUUAGCGUGGUGGUGCAUAGACCUGAUGACUCCCCCAUUUGGACAGAUCUUAAAAUCAAAGAACUUUACCUAAGGGGGAGAGUCAUUCAGACUGCUGAUGGAAAAAAACGUUGUUAUGGAAAGAUGCUUGGAUUCAUAAUAAACCCUUGUGUGUGCUUCACCCAGUACUUUUUGAUUGGUGCUUGGACAAAAACAUCACAUUGCAUGAUGUGCUGGAAAAAAAUGGAAGACUAGACUUUGACAGAUGGUUGCCUCCAUCUUUCUUUGAAGAAUGGAUGGGGAUUGUCAAUGAAGCAUUCUCAUUCAACUUCAUACAACAAGCUGAUAAAAUAAGCUGGAAAUAGGGCAGUAAGAAAAUCUUUACCACAAAAAGCACAUAUGAUCAUUUAUCCAACCAGGCUAGAGUCAACUUCGAUCACAUUUGAAAAGCAAAGAUACCAUAUAAAGUCAAAAUUUUCACUUGGCUGUUAGAAAAAAAUGCCAUCCUAACUAAAGACAAUCUAGUGAGAAGGAAGUGGCUGAGCAGCCCGUCUUGUGCCUUUUGUGAGCAACCUGAAUCUGUUGAUCAUCUUUUCUUUCAGUGCAGUGUAGCUAGAUGUAUCUGAGGGAUGAUUGGUGCUUGCCUCCAGGCAUCAAACAUCCCUGAUAAUUACAAACAAUACAAACGUUGGAUUGAUACCUGGCUGCCCAAAAGCAAAUCUGCUCACCACUUCGGCUUUGCAGCUGUAAGCUGGGCGAUCUGGAAACACAGAAACAAAGCAGUUUUCGACAACAAAAUGAUACGACAUCCCGCUGACAUCUUGAUACAUGCUUGUGUCUUUCUAAAAUACUGGGCAGGUUUGCAUAAGGAAGAGUUCAGGUUGGACUAUUGGAGGGUGUGAAGACUCUUCUCGCGUGUGCUCACCGUGCUCUGGCGCAACAAGCAGCAACGGCCCCAAGGAUGCUCAUGGCCCCACCCCUCUCGGCAGCGGAUGAGGAGGAGGAGUGAAAGUUCUUUUGUUGCACUCUUUCGAACUGAUGAACAAUGUAUUCCCGUGGCCUGUGGGAUCUUUCCGGUCUGUAAUAAUGCUACUUCAUCUGGUCCUUCCAGCCAACUAGGAACCCUAGCGGUAGGCUACUCAUUUUGAAAUCUUCCCAGCUUGAAAGUCAGGGCUGGCGAAGGCUGUGUGCGUCCCCUCUCUUCUCCUUUUAUCCUGUAAUCUUCAAACUCUGUAAUUCCAUUUUCAGAAAUGGAAUUGGGGGCACGCCUCGUUUCGAAAAGAAAAAAAAUCUAAUCCUAGUCCUAGGAGAUGUAUACUAAGUAACGGUGGACGCUGUGAGUCUAUGCUUGCUCCCCUUGAUUUGUACCAUUGGAGGUAUAAGAAUACCCUGGGUUUUGGCAGCCUAUCUUGAGCAUUGAGAAGUUGUCCAUUGUUUGUCAAAACCGCUUCUUGUAUCGUAUGCUAGAUGUGCUGAGCAUAUGACGUUAUGUCAGGGUCAUGGAAAUAUAUUUGCAGCGCGGAGACGUACCCAUUCAUGAGCGCAGGAGGCCAGGGAGUCCCACGGACCGACGGACACCACUCGACACCAUCAAACGACGUACAGCAGGUGCGGCGGCAUUCAUUCGCGGAUUCUUUUACUCGAAGACGGAUUUCAUCUGCACUUUAUUCCGGUGGAUUAUGCACGGGUACCCAAUGGCUACUUUGCAGCAUGGUAUCUCAGAUUACGAAUUCAGAUGGUCUGCUGGAUUUGGAAUUCAUGACCGUUUAAAGUGGGUCAGGUCUGGUCUAUAUGGAAGCAUUGGCCUGAUAAGAAAGGGGAAGCAACACGAUGUGACUUUGUCGUGGUGGUACUUGUUACUAAUUCACCGAUUCCGGGAAGAAAUUCCUAGGUCUGACCUUAAUUGGUUGAACAUGGCAGUGACCUUGUUGAAGGCAUUGUUUGGAUUAAGAUGAAUUACUCCCUCAGGUGAAAACUUUUGAUAUGACCUUAAUUGGUUGGGUCACUGCAAUAUCGGCACGUGUGCGUGCCGUUUUCUCGUUGGAGGCUUUAUCUCGGGAGCCUACUUCAUAGUCCAAGAGCUGCUUUGGUUUGCGAAGCGGGUGAAGGUGAAGUCGCUUGUGGUAGUUUGCUGCGGCAUGAUCUUUAGGUCAUGGUGUUCUUUUUUUUUUCUUUUUUCAUAGCCUGUGUGCAUCUUAGUUAUGCAGAGGCCGGGAUGGAUCUUAUAUAAUUGUAUCAUCUUGAUGUAAUUGUCUAAGAUCAAUA